AUGGGUCUCCGCGAUAUGCUCAAGAAGAAAGACCGGGUCGACCACGAAUACUCGCCGGAUCAGCAUGCAGCAGUCGACAGGCUUGCGGGCCCUGAAUUCACCUUCAUACGCUCCGACACGCACACCCAGGAGGUCAUCUACCCGCCCCCGUCUCCGGGCGUUCGCGAUGACCCCGACCAGUACCUGAGCGCCAAGGACAGCAGCAGCGCCGGCGCUAGCAAGACGCGCCGGAGCCUCGACGUAUUCAAGCCCCGGUCGCGGGGCAGCAGCCUCUCUUCGUCCAAGAGCAGUGAAUUCGCCGCCGCCAAGAAGGAGGGCAACGUGACGCGGCGUCUGAGCCAUCGCCUGCACCUGUCCAGGGCGUUGAGUACUUCCGAGUACGUGCCCGAGAACCUACCGACGAUCAAGAUUGGCGACGGAGACGGCGAUGGUGACGCCGAUGGCGCUCCGGACAAGGACGCGCGUGAAAGAGAAUGGGAAAAGAGAGCCACUAUACUGGCGCAGCGCAACGAGCAGACGCUCAAUCGGUCUGCCUCUAUAUCACCAUCCCCAGGCAGGGAGCAAACAGACCCGUUUGAUAUGCAAGCCGUUAGCAGAAGCUUGCAGGCUCAUAGUACUUCGGAUGGGGUAGUCUCUAGCAAAGCUCUGGACGAUGACAUUCAGGAGGCCAUCAGGUUGCACGAGGAAGGGCAGCUUCAGCAGUCAACAGCAAUAUUUGGGAGACUUGCAGACCCUCAUGGCGACAAUAAUCCAUUGAGCCAGGUCCUCUACGGGCUUGCUCUCAGGCAUGGCUGGGGAUGUGAACCAGAUGUGGCUAAAGCCGUCUCAUAUUUAUCAAUCGCAGCAGCAAACGCCGCCGAGGUUGAGAAUCUAGCCCUCAAAGCUGGGCUGAAGAAGGGCGGCGCUGCCAAAGGAGAGCUUGUCCUGGCCAUGUUUGAACUGGCGAAUUGCUUCCGUCAGGGAUGGGGAGUGCCCAAGGAUCCGGUCGCAGCAAAGAAUUAUUACGAAACCGCUGCCAAUCUUGGUGACUCCGAUGCCAUGAACGAGGUGGCUUGGUGCUAUCUUGAAGGUUUUGGAUGUAAAAAAGACAAGUUCCUUGCAGCAAAGUAUUACCGGCUAGCUGAAAAGGCCGGCAACAAGACUCUAGGAAAUACAUGGUAA